CCAUUUGAUCUAAUGAGCCAUUGUUCGCGUAAUUCGCAUUUGAUCAUCACUUCUAGAAUCGAUUAGUUACACAACUCAAUUUAAGCAAAAAGGUCACUACUAAAGAUAGUAUUGCAAGGUCUACUUUUGAAGUUAGUGCCAAACAGCGUGAUGAAUUGCGUGAUAUUCAUUGUGGCAUUAUCGAUUGUUUGUCUACCAACAACUGCGACACCUACUGGAGAGUCAUCAACAAUACAUGCUGCAGCUACCCUGAUAACGGAGAUAGUCGACGAAUACUACAUCUUGCAUUCAAUGCCUUUGCUUGUUGUCAGAGAGCAUGAGGAAAUUCAAGCUGAUUUGGCCAACCAAGUUAUCCAAAACCUUCACCAUUCGAGAGUUAUUCAACUCGACGAAACACUCGUCGGAUACAAAGCAUGGUUCUACGGAGUGUUCUUCUGUCAGAACCUGUCUAGGUUCCUACAACUCCUCAAUAUUUUCACCUCGGAAAGAUACGACAUCGUUGGCUACUACACCUUUGUGCUAAUCGAGGCUAGUGAACCACAGGUCAACGCAGCAUUCGACGCCUUAUGGAAACUCAAACUUCUUCGCACCGUACUCGUCGUACUCAACGGAGACCGCCCGCAGCUGUUCAAUUACGCCCCCUACUCUAACAACACCUGCGGCGAACCCAAGGUUCACCGAAUCCAUAACCAUUCAUCUACGGAGCUAUUCAUCCACUUCCUGAACGAUUUCUACGGCUGUCCCCUUAAACUGGGAACCUUCGAGACCCCACCAUUCGUCCAUUUCCUCACACCGGAACAAACGCACAGCCCCCAGAUCAACGGGUUCGAAGGAGACCUCGUCGGAGCCCUUUCCGGUAAGCUCAACUUCCGGCUCGUCAUCGUGACUCCUCCGGACAAUGCACAGUGGGGCGUUCCGGCACCCAACGGCAGUACCGGUCUGAUGAAGAUCCUCCAGGAUGAAACCGUAGACUUCGGGAUCGGCUGUCUCGGCAUCAUGGCACAGCGUAACGAGAUCCUGCAACCCGGCCGGGCGCACUACAACUCGCGUGUCCUGUUCGCCAUCCCGGAAGGGCAGCCCUACGGUCCCGUUGAAAAACUGUUGAGGCCUUACGAGCGAACGGUUUGGAUGGUGGUUGUGGGCAUGCUGGGUGGCAUCGCCUUCAUGGUGCUGGUGUUGAAGUUCGCAUCCGACAAUGUCCGGAACUUCAUCUACGGCGAAGGGAAUCAGACGGCCUUGUUGAACCUGUUCAACGUGGUGUAUUCCGGUGGCCUGCACGUUUUCCCCAGACGAAACUUCGCGAGGACUCUGCUAGUGAUGUGGAUAGUUCACUGUUUCGUGCUUCGAACAGUGUACCAAGGUCUGCUGUUCAGAUAUCUGCAAGAUGAGUCCAACCAUAGCCCCGUGGAUACGGUAGAUGGAAUCGAGCGGUCAGACCUGCACUACCACAUCAACAAGAACUCCGAUCGUUUCUUCGAGCACAACCCGAGUCUGCUGAAGCGAGUUCGGUACAUUCCGCCAGGAAAUGACAGCAUGGGGGCGGCGCUGGACGCCGUAUCAAGCCGAAGAGUUCGGGAUGGAGUCGUGCUGGUCACCCUGGAGCACAUUGCGUAUCAUAACAAGCACCGGUUGAAUCGGGGCUUCCUCCGAAGCACCCGGGACAGCUUGAGUGGCUACCCCAUGGUCAUCUACUACCCGAAGAGAACGUUCUUGGUGCGGGUGUUGAAUCGAGUCAUUGGAAACAUCGAAACGGCAGGGUUGAUGAGCUACUGGGUGAGACGAUACGGGAACUAUCAUUUUCUGCCGACGAAGUUGGGCAUGACCAAGCCGAAACCUUUGGAGGUCCAGCAUGUUAUGGGAUGUUUUGCGUUUAUCUGUGUGCAAUGGACCAUGAGUUGCGUGGUGUUUAGCCUGGAACUUCUGUCGUCGAGGAUGAUGUGGUUGCGGAGAGGUCUGGAGUUUCUUGUGCAUAGAUAG